AAUCCGAAUAAAAGAAAAUUCUCCAAAUCACACGCACUAUUCGAGUUCGACGAUUUGAAUUAUCUUUCUCUAUAUCUUGCUUCGUUUUCAGCUCUUUGAAUCCAUUGUAAGAUCUCUAUUUUUGUCGUUUUAAUGGAGGCAAUCAGAAAACAAGCCUCCCGGUUUAGGGAACAAGUCGCCCGCCAACAACAGGCUGUCCUCAAACAGUUUGUUGGCGGCGGUUUUGGAGGUUCAGACACCGUAGUUACUGAUGAAGCGGAACUUAAACAACAUCAGAGACUUGAGAAGCUUUAUAUCUCAACGCGCACGGCCAAGCAUUUUCAAAGGGAUAUUGUCCGUGGUGUAGAAGGAUAUAUUGUUACUGGGUCAAAACAAGUUGAAAUAGGAACAAAAUUGUCUGAGGAUGGCAAGAAAUAUGGUUCUGAAAACACCUGUACCAGUGGCAAUACGUUGUCAAAAGCUGCAUUAAGCUUUGGACGUGCUCGUGCUCAAAUGGAGAAGGAACGUGGGAAUCUGUUGAAGUCUCUUGGAACACAGGUUGCUGAGCCACUAAGAGCAAUGGUAAUGGGAGCUCCUUUGGAGGAUGCAAGACAUCUUACUCAGCGAUAUGACAGAAUGCGACAAGAAGCCGAAUCACAGACAAUAGAAGUCUCCAAACGCCAAGCGAGAGCGAGGGAAAUGCCGGUAACUCAUGAGACUGUCAUGAAAUUGGAAGUCGUGGAAAACAAACUGCAAGAGCUAAAGUCAAACAUGUCAACAUUGGGACAAGAAGCUGCUUCAGCAAUGGCCGCUGUUGAAGUUCAACAACAGAGGUUGACACUUCAGAGACUUAUCGCUAUGGUUGAAGCCGAACGUACAUAUCAUCAACGAGCCCUUCAGAUACUUGAGCUGCUUGAAAGUGAGAUGAUAUCCGAGCGACAACGAAUUGAAGCACCACCUGCUCCAAGUGUGGCAGACAACAUGCCUCCGCCUCCCUCGUAUGAGGAAGUUAAUGGAGUUUAUGCAUCUCAAACACAUAGUGAAUCAACAGACGCCAUGGGAUACUUUUUAGGCGAGGUUAUGUAUCCGUAUAACCGGGAAUCUGACACAGAACUGAAUCUUUCAGCUGGAGACUAUGUAGUUGUGCGGAAGGUGACAAACAAUGGGUGGGCAGAAGGAGAAUGCAAGGGCAAAGCAGGUUGGUUCCCUUUCACAUACAUAGAAAAAAGGGAACGUGUUCUUGCGAGUAAAGUUGCAGAAGUUUUUUAACACUUCACCUUUGUUUGUUUGGCGUCUGAGAAAAAGAAAAUAUGAUUUUGUGUUGUGUAUGCAGUAGCUUUUGCUUAUUGUGCUAUUAAUUUAGGGUAAACUACAGAUUUAGUACCUAAACUAUCAGUUUUGAUUUGUU